AUGGCUUCAUUGGUGGCUUAUGAGGACUCGGACUCCGAGGCCGAGAGCGAGCCUGCGGGAAGCGUGGAUGCUGCUGGCCAGAGGAGGGACUCCGGCGACAGGGUCCAACCUCAUGGCCAGGACUUCGCACCGGGAGUCCUGGCCGGGACAGGAGGCACGCCGCCCGCAGAGCACGGUUCCCGUGAGGACCCAGCCGGCCAGUGUCUCCCACUGGCUCGGCUCUGGAGGAGCCCAGGAUCUUGCCCCAGCCAGAGGCUACAGUGGCCCAGGACAGAGCCCCAAGUCACCUUCCCCACCAGCGAGCCUCCGCGUCCUUCCCUGUGUGCCAGCCACGCUCCCGCUGGCCAUGUGCCCUGGGCAGCCACCCGCGGUGAGCAGGUGAGACUCUCCUGGGGAACUUACGACCCUCCCGAGCCACCUUCCCGUGCCCGACCCAAAUCGGAGCCCCCAGGAAAAAGUGGCAGCUCUCUUCAGAAGAAAAGGCCAGAGGACUGCAUUGUACCCUACACCCCGAAAAGACUGAGGCACUUGCAAGCAUUAAGCACAGAAACAGGCAAGAGCACAGACGCGGAGGCCCAGGGUCCUCUGCGCGCCCCCCGCCCUCUGUGCGCGGCCCCCCACGUGUCCGAGUUCAUCCAGCCGUACCUGGGCGCCCCAUAUAAGGAAACCCUGAUUUCCCAGAGGGUGCUCUUCCACCUGAGAGGCCACAAGGGCCCCGUCAGCAGCAUCCAGUGGUGCCCCGUCUUCUCAAAGAGCCACCUGUUCCUCUCGGCUUCUCUGGAUAAAACCUUCAAGGUGUGGAACGCGGUGGACUCGGGGAGAUGCCUGCAGACCUACCCUCUGCACAGUGAGGCGGUGCGGGCUGCCCGGUGGUCUCCCUGCGGCCAGCGCAUCCUCAGCGGAGGCUUCGACUGCGCUCUGCACCUCACAGACCUGGAAACAGGAACCCAGGUAUUCAGUGGUCAGAGUAACUUCAGAGUCACUACCUUGAAAUUUCACCCGAAAGACCACAACCUUUUUGUGUGCGGGGGCUUCAGUCCUGAGGUCAAAGCCUGGGAUGUGAGGGCCGGCAAGGUGGUGAGGAGCUACAAGGCGACCAUCCAGCAGACCCUGGACAUCCUCUUCCUCCGCGAGGGCUCGGAGUUCCUGAGCAGCACGGAUGCUUCGAGCCGGGACUCUGCUGACCGUACCAUCAUCGCCUGGGAUUUCCGGAGCUCUGCCAAAAUCUCCAACCAGAUUUUCCACGAGAGGUACACCUGCCCCAGCCUGGCCUUGCACCCGCGGGAGCCCGUGUUCCUGGCCCAGACCAAUGGCAACUACCUGGCCCUCUUCUCCGCCGUGUGGCCCUACCGGAUGAGCAGAAGGCGGCGCUACGAAGGGCACAAGGUGGAAGGCUACGCGGUGGGCUGCGAGUGCUCCCCCGACGGAGACCUGCUGGUGACGGGCAGCGCGGACGGCCGGGUCCUGCUCUACUGCUUCCGCACGGCCAGCCGGGCACGCACGCUACACGGGCACGCGCAGGCCUGCGUGGGCACCACCUUCCACCCUGUGCUGCCUUCCGUCCUCGCCACCUGCUCCUGGGAGGGUGACAUCAAGAUCUGGCACUGA